AUGGCCCUUGCUCCCCGGAAUUGUCCCCCUAAAAUCCCACUCAACGCACCGCCCCGAGACUACCGCUACGUCGUCCGCGAAAAGGGGUAUCGUCCGUUCAGGGACCGCAGGCUCCCCCAAACCAUCACAUUCACCCAGGCUCCCCGGGGCAACGAACCCGCAGGCUACGUCCCGCCCCCGGGCGUCCUCAUGCUCGAAAUCCGGGGCAGGCGGCCGCAGUACGUGAUCGCGGACCCCGCCGACACACCGCUCGAGCUCUUCAUCACUCAGGGCGUCUCCGAGCUCCUCCUCCUCAUAUGG